CGGCGACGAUCUCUUACCAUCUUCUUCCUCUGCUUGCUUCUUCUUCCCCCAUCUUCUUGGUCCGCACAAUUAGUAAGAGUUUGAGCUUUGCAUUAUAUACUGCCUCGAUUCGGGUCGUUUCAAUCGGUCGUCCGUGCAUCAGGCGCUCUAAGACAUGGCCAAGGGCAAGCCAAUGGCGGCGUUGCUCCCAAUCUGCUUCCUCUUCCUCCUCGCGCUCGCUUCCGCCGCCGAGAUCAUCGACAAUAAUGGUGUCGUUGUUGAAGACAUGAACAGUGGUGAUGACAUCGACAACCAUCACCACAAGGGCAACAACGAUGGCAAGGGAAAACUCAAGCCUUCUCAGUGCGGCGGGGAGUGCCGGCGGAGAUGUUCCAAGACGCACCACAAGAAGCCGUGCCUCUUCUUCUGCAACAAGUGCUGCGCCAAGUGCCUCUGCGUGCCUCCAGGAACCUACGGCAACAAGGAAACCUGACCCUGCUACAACAACUGGAAGACCAAGGAAGGAGGGCCCAAGUGCCCUUGACCUCCCUCCUGUUUUUUGUUUUGUUUGGCCCAGCCGCCCGUAGUAUUAACUUACUUGGUGGGCUUUGGAUAGUAGGUCAGGGCCUGCUGGGAUUCAUUCUGUUCUCCGAAUUGAAUCAAUCCUUUCACUAGCAGUGUGAAUGUGUGAUGAGCAGUGCAGAAUGCUAGACUGAAUGAUGAU